AUGGCUCGUCUCAAGAAGCGUGGAGAGUCUGGUGCCGCCAAGAACUUCGUGACCCGCAACCAAGCCCUUAAGAAGCUUCAAGUCUCGCUCUCAGACUUCCGUCGCCUCUGCAUCCUCAAGGGCAUCCACCCUCAGCAGCCUCGACAUGUCAAGAGAGCCAAUAAGGGGUCAACUGCACCUGCGUCCUUCUACUAUGCCAAGGAUAUCCAAUACCUUGCACACGAGCCCAUCCUCCGUUCGCUUAGGGAUCAUAAGACCUUUGCGAAGAAGCUCAGCAGAGCGGUAGGCAGGCGAGAAUGGGCUGCGGCAAAGAAUCUCGACGACGCCAAGCCACAAUACACCCUCGACCAUAUCAUCAAAGAGCGCUAUCCCACCUUCGACGAGGCCAUCGGAGACAUCGAUGAUGCACUCUGCAUGAUUGCUUUAUUCGCCAAUCUGCCCGCCAAGAUGUAUAAUCUGCCCGAAGGUGUUGUCGACACCUGCUCUCGCCUCAAGCGCGAAUGGGACGAGUAUAUCGUCAGGACAAAGGCCCUCAACAAGACGUUCCUCUCCAUCAAGGGAAUCUACUUCCAAGCCACGAUCCGCCGCAAGGAUGUCACUUGGCUCGUCCCUUACCCUUUUACCCAGCAUGUACCUCACGACGUCGACUUCCGAAUCAUGUCGACCUUUCUCGAGCUCUACACGACGCUCCUCUCCUUUGUGCUCUUCAAGCUGUACGCAGACUUGGGCGAGUCGUAUCCACCUAACCUUGAUCAGCCCAAGGCUUCAUCAGCCGUCGCUUCGACCAGCGCAUCAUCCUCGAGCGCUCUGAGCAAAAAGGCGGUUCGUAAAGCAGUCCGAGCUGUCGAGCACGAUGUACAGCCAGGCGAUCAGGAGACGGCGGAGGAGGACAUUGAAGAGGCUGCAGAGUCAGCCGCAGACCAGGCAGAUGAUUUUGCCGUCGACGGCUCCAAGUCAGGAAUCGACACACUGCCGCUUCCCUCAUCGGACUCGUCAGACGAGACGCGCACCCUCUUCCGCAAUUGCACUGUCUAUCUGGACCGCUCGACCCCCCUCUCCCUCCUCUCCUUCAUCCUCCGCUCCUACGGCAGUUUCAACACCCGCAUAGGAUGGGACGAGACGCUUGCACCCAACUCGCCGCUGCAGGAGGACGAUGCAAGAAUUACGCAUGUCAUCAUUGACCGACCGGAGCUGGAGGCGUCGAAGAGGAAGGAGGGGCGAAAGUACGUACAGCCGCAAUGGGUUGUUGACUGUGCCAACCGAGGUUCCUUGCUGCCCGAGGACAAGUACGCUGUGGGAGCUACGCUGCCACCGCACUUGUCGCCGUUCGUUGAGGGAGAGGUCGUUGACGAGGAACUUGCGGAGGGCGAGGCGAGUGGGUCGAGUGACGAUGAGGACGAUGGCGGGGAGCAGGAGGAGGUUCCUGAGUCACGCCCGGCUCUUCGCGCGUUGCUGGAGUCAGCAGACGACCCAGACGCCGCGCACGACGCAGGUCUGAUGGACGCGGCUGAGCUCGAGGCCGAAUCAAUGGGAGGCGAGGCCGAGCUGGACCGCGUACGUGCGGCAUGGCUCAAGGCGACGGGUGGUGCUGGAGGUGCCUCGACAGCUUCCGCAUCGGCGGACCCUACGUCUGCGCCGUCAAAGAAGAAGAAGCAGGGCGACGCGGCGACCACGGCUGCUGCUCAAGAGGAAGAAGAGGCACGCAAGAUGGCUCGCGGCCUGUUGAGCAAUCGUCAGCGCAAGUUGUACGACAAGAUGAGCUACACCAAGGCGAAGAAGGCUGAGGAGGCUCAAAGGUUGGCCAAGAGGCGCGAGGAGAUCAAGAGGGACGAGAAGAAGCAGGCAAAGGCCAGUAAGGUGGCCGAGAAGUAG